AUGGGUAACUGGAAGCUCGAAGUGGCAAAAAUGGGAUUAUAUGUAACAUUUCCUGUAGCACUUUUCUAUUAUUUCAAUCAACCCCAGUAUUUCGAAGAAUGGGUUGUUAACAAAAAACGAGAAAUUUAUCCUCCGGAAUCACAGAAACAGAAAGACUUCGAAGCAGCUCUACAAGAAAUAAAACAAAGGCAAAAUUUGGAACUCAUGAAGAAAGUUGAUAUUACUGAAAUUAUGAAUUUCGGUAUAAGCUGGAUCGGCCAAUAUCUCUCGCAAUCUGCAAUCGACGAGAAAACUGAAGACGAUGACACGACUUCAGUUACAAACGAAACUAAAGAGAGCCUCAAUAAGUCGCAGAAAAUCCUCGAGAUAUUGGGCGAGCACGAGAUAAAAGCUAACAGCUCGGGCGAUGAGGUUUCCAAAGACCAAUUAAAGGACAGUUUGGAUGCUUCAAAGAAAAAUUUUAUCGCAUUUGAGCGUCGAGGCUGCUACUAA